AUUACCAAACUAUUGAGCAUUUAGUCAUUUACUACAAAACUAAUUAAUCUAGCUUCCUCCUACCAUCCUCAUUCUUUUAAAAAACCCUUUCAACAACAUUCUAUUUUUUCUCUCUCCUAAACCCCUUAGCUUUCUUCCGCCCCUUCCCUAUCUUUCCUGCUACUUAUGCUUAAACUCAGCUCCAUCUUAAAAACCCCAAACUUCCAUAUUACGUAUUUUGUUUUAAAUUUCUUUCCCCUUUUUAUUUCAAUUUCUUGAUUUGGGGAGUAUAAUUUCUGAAAGAGUUUAAUGCCUUUUUCUUCGUUGGGAUCAGCAUCAGCAACAGCUGCAGUAGCAGUAGCAGUAGCAGAAACCAGGUUUUACAGUUUUGGCUUUUCUGUAUUAGUGCUACAAACUAACUAGAUUUGUUCAUUUCAAUUUUCAAUCCCUUAUUUCAAGUACUCAAAACCCUCUAAUCUGGAUUUCCAACCCUUUAGAGACCAAAACACAAACCAAGAAGAUUUUAAUCAUGUGAUUCAACCACAAGAAAACAAUUUGGUAAACACAUCAGCUUAUACAGCAACAAAGUUAAGGGGCAAAAUGGGGGUAAAGAAUAAUACUAAUGGAGGAGGAGGGGAGAUUGUACAAGUGCAAGGUGGUCAUAUAAUCCGGGCCACCGGUCGAAAGGACCGGCAUAGCAAGGUGUUCACCGCCAAGGGUCCUAGAGACCGUAGAGUCCGCCUGGCCGCUCACACCGCCAUUCAAUUUUAUGAUGUUCAAGAUAGGUUAGGGUACGACCGGCCUAGUAAGGCGGUGGAUUGGCUAAUGAAAAAGGCGAAAUCAUCCAUUGAUAAGCUAGAGGAAUUACCACCAUGGGAUCCAAUAGCUAAUGCUUCUAAUGGGGUUGAUGUUAAUGUAGGGUCUACUGAAUUCCCUGUAGGUGAUAACACCGGAUCAACAUCAUUUUAUGUUCCACAAUGUGUGGAUUCACAGUCUUUAAGUGAUAGUAUGAAGUCCUUUUUCCCUACUAAUAAUAAUAAUAACAGUAAUAAUAAUAAUACAUCAGUGGAAAAUUCCAUCAGUUUUCAGAAUUACCAGCAACCUGAUUUUAUUUCAAGAGGAGGUAGCCAUCAAAACAGCCAAGAUCUUUGUUUGUCUCUCCACACUCUUCAAGAUCCUCGAGGCCAACAUCAAACCCAGCAUUUGAGUCAUGACUCGGCCCUUUUCCAAGGUUCAGGUUCAUCGUUGGGGUUCGAUGUUGGGUGGACUGAGUCACAGCAACAACAACAGCAGCAGCAGCAACAACAACAACAGCAGCAGCAACAACAGCAACAACAACAACAACAACAACAACAACAACAACAAGAUUUAGGCCGGUUCGCAAGGAUGUUUGGUUGGCCAAUUUGUGGUAGUAGUAAUGGAGGUGGUGAGGGAAGGGGUGGAAUGUUGUUCAACCCUUCCCAGUUGCAACAACAAGGGUUGUUAUUGGGCCAACAAGGCCCAAUGACAACUUCAGCAUAUUCUCAAAGGGGUACCCUUCAGUCCAGUUUCUCUCCGCUAGCACGCGUCUUGGAAGAUCAGCAGCACCACCACCAUCCUCAAGAGAUAUCGAGCAUCGGAAAUGGGUCGGAUGGGUUCAUGGGUUUUUACAUACCAUCACAACUUCAUGGUGAAUUACAUGGGGGAACCAAUUCAUUAUCCAAUAAUAGGGCAUCCUCAUCAUCCCUCUCCCCUGAUUCAAGCCAACAUUAAUUAGCCAGAUGACGACAUCCGAUGCCGAAAGGACUGAUUCCUUACAGCUCAAGUGCUUUGGCAUGGGAAGAGAAUAUCAUAUCCAAUUCUACCUGAUGCAAAAAUUAUGCAAUUUUGUUCCUGGGUAUUAUUUAGUCCCUCCAAUUUCUUUUCUUUUUUUUCCUUCGCAAUUUCAACUAGUAGUAGUUAAUUUAUUUUCACAACAAUACAGAAGUAAUUCUUUUUGGAUUAAUUAAAUAGUACGAUUUCGAAAUUGAAAACACUUGCCUCAUUGCUAGCAUAUAUAGCUGAACAAUAAUAUCUUGCUGUAAUUCCGUUUACUAUAAGUGUAAGUAUAAUCUGAAUCAUGAUUAACAUCCCAUUUGAAAGUUAGUGUGAUAAUUAUUACUACUAA